AUGCAGAGAUGAUGUCCCUCCUCCUGACGAAGGAGGUGCGUUUGACACCACUUAAAAACUUCAGGCUCCUCAUGGAUCAAAUCCCACACACAAACACACGCACCGUCUCUCUGAACACACAACAUGGCGCGAUCAUCCUGCGAAAAAAACAUGCAGAGGAAUAAUUCACUCCUCUAAACCUCAGCAGGAAAGUAAUGACCGGUUGAGUUCAUUUGGGCCGUCAGCGAAGCGUAAUGACAGUCACGUACACCGCCAGAGUAGCCAACGCUCGCUUCUGCGGCUUCUCCAAACUCCUGCUGGCCUGGAAGGGAAGCAUCUAUAAAGUGCUUUACAAAGAGUUUCUGGCCUUCUUCGCCAUGUACACGGCCAUCAGCAUCACAUACAGAUUCUUCCUUGUGGACGGUCAGAAGAGAUACUUUGAAAAGCUUUCCAUUUACUGCAACAACUACGCCAGCCUCAUCCCAAUGUCUUUUGUGUUAGGUUUUUACGUGACGCUAAUAGUGAACCGCUGGUGGAGUCAGUACACGUCCAUCCCGCUGCCGGACAGGGUGAUGUGUGUUCUGUCGGGUGGUGUUCAGGGCACUGAUGAGCGUGGCCGGCUUCUGCGCCGAACACUGAUGCGCUACAGCAGUCUGUCCGCUCUGCUGAUCCUGCGCUCCGUCAGCACCGCCGUCUUCAAGAGAUUCCCCACCAUAGACCAUGUGGUGGAGGCAGGUUUUAUGACCCGAGAAGAGCGCAAGAAGUUUGAGAGUUUACACUCACCAUAUAACAAGUACUGGAUCCCGUGUGUAUGGUUUACUAACCUGGCUGCCGCCGCUCGCUGUGAAGGCCGAAUCAAAGAUGAUAACACCUACAAACUUCUGCUGGAGGAGCUAAACAACUUCCGGGGGAAGUGCAGCAUGCUUUUUCACUACGACAUGAUCAGCGUACCGUUGGUCUACACUCAGGUCGUGACUCUGGCGGUCUACAGUUUCUUCCUGGUGUGUCUGAUUGGUCGUCAGUUUCUGGAUCCGGGUCAGGGUUACCCUGGUCACGACCUUGACCUUUACGUCCCCAUCUUCACUCUUCUGCAGUUCUUUUUCUAUGCAGGCUGGCUGAAGGUGGCAGAGCAGCUCAUUAACCCAUUUGGAGAGGAUGAUGAUGACUUUGAGACCAACUGGCUGAUUGAUAGAAACUUCCAGGUGUCUAUGAUGGCGGUGGAUGAGAUGUAUGGAGAUUUGCCUAUGAUGGAGAGAGAUCGCUACUGGAACGACUCCAAUCCUCGUCCGCCGUACACCGCCGCAACGCUCUUCGUGCUGCGCAAACCCUCUUUCCAGGGUUCCACCUUCGACAUGACAAUCCCCAAAGAGGAGAUGCAUUUCCAGCCUCUGGAGGAUAUUGCUGAAAAUCUAGAGGAAUCCGGCACCCGGAAUCACAACCUGGCCCUUUUUAACCGGCUGCUCGGCUCCGCCCCCUCCCCGACAGGCUUCAUGGGCGGAGCUUUACGCCGCACCUCCGCCCAGCUGCGCCGCUUGACCCGCUCGGCCAGCACAGACCCAUCAUUCUCCGAGGAAGAGGAUGAGCAGGAUGAGGAAGAGGAGAGUGCAGGCAGGAGCGCAGGAUCCCUGCCAUCAGGACUGGCUCUGGACACCACACAGAGCACCAUCUGCAGCUGUGGAGGACUCACCAGCACCAGUCCUGCACUCUCACAGCUCCACUUCCACCAGCAAACCCACAGAGAAGAGAAAGAGUCACAAGGGGACAAAACCUCUGCCGAGUCCGGAAGGAAGAGUCCGCUUUAUUUGGGUCUCAAAUCUCAUCUUUGCUCCUCCAACCGCUCUGUGCCUGACUUCUUCUCGUUUCAGUCUAUCAGUGACCCGGCGAAGGGGUUGACGGCGAAAACACAAGUGGUUAGUAAUAAAGCAGAGUCUGGGUUGUCGUUACUCACCAUCCCAACGCUGAAAGUCUCAGCUUUUCCGGAGAACUCAGAAAGAGAAGAAUCGCAGCUGGAUUCAAAAUGGCUGCCUUCGCAAGUGCUGUAAAAUGUGCGUUUUUUGAUUUGAUGUUUGACAAUCUCAACUGAAACAUGAAGAGAGGGCGGGACAUAGUGUAGCUCCUCCCCCUUAAAAAAAAAAAAAAACAGCCAAUAGUGUUUUGUUUAAUCACAGCUCUGCCAGUGAGAGUCGUCAAAGAGCUUAGAAUGACCAAGAGGCGACACUCUGUUGUUGUUUGGGAAACAGCCACUAGAUGCCGCUAGUGUCACGCGGCAGCCAUUUUGGAAUGAAAAUUCCAAUAGAACAACAGCAUAUUAUUAGACUGUAAAAUAAACUGUUAAAAGUGCUGAUGAUUGUGAUAGUAAGUGUUGUAUUGUCGUCUUUCAGGUUGUAUCUCAGCUGUAAUGCGCUUUCUAAAUAAAUAAAUAAAAAACAAA